GGAACAUUCAUACACAUACCCUCAUAUACAUACACCCCUUCACACAACAACACAUCCAUCAAUCUUUCUACACUAAAGAACAGGAAAAUGCCCCCAACAACCCGCACAGCCUUCCCCACCCAAUCCACCCCCCUCCUCACCUACGGGCUCCCCUACCCAACCCUAACAGCGCAACACGCAGCCACCACCUUCUCCGCAAAGCGCAUCUACAUCCUCAUAUCAGGGACACUAGCACGCACCACAGACUCCCUCCAGCGACUGCAGCAUGCGCUGGAAUCAUACCCCGUAGCCGAUAUGAGAGUCGUGGGGGUCCGGAGAGGAAUGAAGAGCCAUACGUACUGGUCGGAGGUGUUAGAAGUCGCAGACGAUGUGCGUGCCACGGGGGCAGAUCUGCUGGUGAUACUUGGCGGGGGGACUUUAGUUGAUGCGGGGAAGGUAGUCGGAUUGGCCCUAGCAAACAACAUCACCACCCCAUCCGCCCUCUCAACCUUCUCCACCACCAACCCCAACCCCAACCCCGAACAAGAAAUCCACCCCUCGCACCUCCCCACAAUCGCCAUCCCAACGACCCUCUCCGGCGGCGAAUACUCCAACCUAGCAGGCUCCACCAACGACACCACCGACGAGAAGCACCUCUUCUCAACCGGAAUCCGCGGCCCGCAACUCGUCAUCCUCGACGCCGAGCUCUGCGCCACCACCACCCCCGCACGCGUGUGGCUCAGCACGGGCAUCCGCGCCGUCGACCACUGCGUCGAGACGUAUCUCCAGCAGUCCUCGCCUACGGGCGACACAGAGAACGAGAACGAGACGGAGGAGGGCGAGGGCGAGGCGAGCGCGCUGGCGAAACAUGGGCUGGGACUGUUGGUACCGGGGUUGUUGAAGUGUGCUGCUGAUAGGGAGGGGAAAGGUGUGGAGGCGAGGUUGGAUUGUUUGCUGGGGAGUGUGGAUGCUAUGGGUGCUUGUCUGGGGGGUGGAGGGGGAGCAGGGAGAGGGAGGGAGGGGGUGAAGUUGGGAGCGUCGCAUGGGAUUGGACAUCAGUUGGGCCCCCUGGGCAUCCCCCACGGCGAAACAAGCUGCAUCCUCCUGCCCGCAGUGUGCAAAUACAACGCCCUCCACAGCCCUCCCUCGCCCACCUCUCGUCAGAACAGCCUACGGCAGUUCCUCCUCCGCCAACCAGCCAUAUCAGACGUCCUCCACGCUCGAGCCAUCAACAAAGACACGGCAGAUCUGGGCGACGUGCUCGACGCCGUCAUCCGCGAGUUGGGGCUUCCGCGCUCACUGAGCGAGGUUGGUGUGGGGCGGGAGAAGUUCGAUGAGAUUGCGGAGAAGAGUAUUAGGGAUUCGUUUUGUAGGGGGAAUCCUGUGCCGGUUGUGAGGGGGGAGCAGGUGGUGGAGAUUUUGGAGAUGGUUCUUUGAUUUUUUUCUUUUUUCUUCUGAUAUAUAUAUAUAGAGGGAGAGGUAUCUUUAUAUAUGCUUUAUGUAUAUAGCUUAGUGUAUACUCAAUAUACUCAAUAUACUCAAUGCG